AUGGAGUGGAAGGAUGGAAUUGCAGGGGCCAUUUCUGGAGUUGCGACUCGAUGUUGUGUAGCUCCUUUGGAUGUCAUCAAAAUCCGCUUGCAGCUACAGACCAAUUGCCAAGGCUCUAGCAGAGAUUAUCGAGGGUUUCUAGGGACAUUUCAGGUUGUUGCACUGUGGAAGGGCAAUCUCGCUGCAGAGUUCCUGUGGGGAGGGUACAUGGGCACACAGUUUCUGGCCUAUAGAAGCUUACAGGCACAAGAUACGAGGCUGAAUGAUGGCAGCAAGAUUUACCAUGGCGUCUUGGAUGCAUUUUAUCGCAUUUUAAUCAGAUUGGCUCCUAGUCUUAUUCAAGUCAUGCCAUACAUGGGGAUUCAAUUCUCCAUCUACGAGGCUCUCAAGCGUUUCAUCUCCACUCAAACCAAGGAAGGAUCGCAAGGCAACAGGAUCAUCCCUCUCACGAUAGACUCAAUUGUCACAGCUUCACAGGGUCGAAAGAUAUCUUCUAUGCGAGAGGUUGUACGAGGUAUCUUGCGCGACGAAGGAUGGCAAGGGUUCUUCCGUGGUGGUCUCCCCAGCGUGAUGAAAACAGCGCUAUCAUCGGGGUUGUCAUUCGCGAUCUACGAGCUCAUGCUCAAGAUCCUUUGA